AUGUCAGUGUUCCUUUCCUUUGCUUUCCUGGCAGCAAUUCUUGCUCAUAUAGGCUGUAGCAACCAGCGCCGGGGUCCGGAAGCCAGCGGGAGAAGAUUCAACCGGAUUCAGCACGGGCAGUGCACCUACACUUUCAUUCUGCCAGAACAAGAUGGGAACUGUCGUGAGAGCACGACAGACCAGUACAACACAAAUGCUCUUCAAAGAGAUGCUCCUCACGUGGAACAGGAUUUCUCUUCCCAGAAACUGCAACAUCUGGAACAUGUGAUGGAAAAUUACACCCAGUGGCUGCAAAAACUUGAGAACUACAUUGUGGAAAACAUGAAAUCGGAGAUGGUGCAGCUGCAGCAGAAUGCUGUGCAGAACCACACCGCCACCAUGCUCGAAAUAGGGACCAGCCUCCUCAGUCAGACAGCAGAGCAGACCAGAAAACUCACAGAUGUUGAAACACAGGUGCUAAAUCAAACAUCCAGACUUGAAAUUCAGCUACUGGAAAAUUCACUGUCAACAUACAAGCUAGAAAAGCAGCUUCUGCAACAGACACAUGAAAUCCUGAAAAUUCAUGAGAAAAACAGUUUACUUGAGCACAGAGUUUUAGAAAUGGAAGAAAGGCAUAAAGAGGAGCUGGACACUUUGAAGGAGGAGAAAGAGAACUUAGAAAGCUUGGUCACACGACAAAGCUACAUAAUCCAGGAACUAGAGAAGCAGUUAAACAAGGCAACAAGCAAUAACAGUGUCCUGCAGAAACAGCAGCUUGAAUUGAUGGAUACAGUUCACACUCUGAUCACCCUUUGUUCCAAGGAAGGAGUUUUACUAAAGAAUGCAAAACAGGAGGAAGAAAAGCCUUUCAGAGACUGUGCAGAUGUAUACCAAUCUGGUUUUAACAAAAGUGGGGUCUACACUAUUUAUAUUAACAAUGUGUCGGAUCCUAAAAAGGUCUUUUGCAAUAUGGAAAUUGCUGGAGGAGGCUGGACAGUUAUACAACACCGAGAAGAUGGGAGUCUUGAUUUUCAAAAAAGCUGGAAAGAAUACAAAAUGGGUUUUGGUAGCCCAUCAGGUGAACAUUGGCUGGGAAAUGAAUUUAUCUUUGCAAUAACAAGUCAGAGGCAAUAUUCUCUAAGAAUUGAAUUAAUGGACUGGGAAGGAAACCGGGCAUAUUCACAGUAUGACAGAUUUCACAUAGGAAAUGAAAAACAGAAUUACAGGCUUUAUUUAAAGGGUCACAGUGGAACAGCUGGAAAACAGAGUAGUCUGAUCUUACAUGGUGCUGAAUUCAGUACAAAAGAUGCUGACAAUGACAACUGCAUGUGUAAAUGUGCUCUCAUGUUGACUGGAGGGUGGUGGUUUGAUGCCUGCGGCCCCUCCAAUCUCAAUGGGAUGUUCUACACAGCUGGGCAAAACCAUGGGAAGCUGAAUGGCAUCAAGUGGCAUUACUUCAAAGGGCCCAGCUACUCCUUGCGCUCCACGACCAUGAUGAUUCGGCCCUUGGAUUUCUAAAGGCAUUGAGCAGGGGACCCCAGAACAAAACAGGACACCCCAGCAGCACCUCUGUCACAUUUUAAAGGUGAAAGGUGAAGGGCUUCUUCAAAGUGACACAUAGCAAUGAGGUGAAGUCUCUUCAUGGUCACUCCAGAACCUACAAAAAUUCUCCAA